UCGUGCAUUCUUGCGCGUGGAACUCGUGUCUUUGGUAUCCUAGAAAAUAUUUCUAACUCCUACCGUCCCUACUGUAAAUUUGUUAAAAUUAAUACAAAUGGCGGCCCCCGGAGGAACAUCCUCCGCGCAGGUAGUGAAGGAAAUCGUAUCCCUGCCAAAACCUCGACGCAUUUUAUUAUUCAGUGGAAAACGAAAAUCUGGGAAGGAUUACAUCACCAAUAUUUUACAGGAUAGAUUCGACAGCUCGCAAUGUGUGACGAUAAAGAUAUCGGGGCCCAUAAAAUCUCAUUGGGCAAAAAGUUUGCACCUCGACUUGAAAGAGUUGCUCGGAGAUGGCGAGUACAAAGAAAGGUACCGGCAGAAAAUGAUUUUGUGGGGUGAAGAAAUGAGGAAGAAGGACUACGGUUACUUUUGCCGAGCUGCUAUCGACAUGUACAAUGCUCACGACGUACCGAUGUGGAUAGUGAGCGAUGUCAGACGCAAAACCGACAUCCGAUGGUUCUCUGAAAAUUUCAGUGACACUUGUAAAACAAUUAGAAUCACUUCCAAUGAUGAAGUCCGAAGAAAGCGUGGAUGGAUUUUUACACCAGGUGUUGACGACGCAGAAUCUGAGUGUGAUUUAGAUGACGUUAACGAUUGGGAUUUAGAAGUUUUCAACAACGAGGAAAACAUCGACAACAUAUUGCCAACUAUCUUGGAGUUGAUGAAAUAGUUUGCUUCGAGAGUGCCAAGGUGUAUCUCCAGCACAUUGAUUAAGACAAAAUGCCCUGCGUACAAAUUUUACUCCUAAACUUCGUUGAAUAAAUAUAUAUAUUUUUAUGGUGAGAGA